AAAACAUAUCAUCCGUCGGAUUGGCGACUGGUUGAGUCGGAGCCGGCAUUUUAGGGUUCUAUUUCCUAGGCACGGCGAUUACUCGUCCCUGCAGUCGACAGCUGCCCUGUUCGUGGAGGUCCCGGAUUGCAGUAGGAAAGAGAUACACGUCUGAGCGAUGAGCAAUCGGCUCGGGAGAGAGAGCGCGCGCGUGUGGCGAUGGAUGUGAGUCCGUCGUCUUUUGGAGACGCUUUGGCUACGGGCGACUGCUUGGCUGCUACCUGGGAUUAUCACGAGGUCAGAUCUUUCUCCAGCAGACGAUCGAGGACUUGAAGCACAAGCUCACCUGCACCAACAUGGAAUUGGAGGCGCUGCGGACCAACGCCCACGAAGAGCUGCAGAAAGCCAAGGAAAGCAACCAGCAAUUGAUCGAACUCCUCGAGCUACGAACCUCCGAGAGAGACGAAGCGAGAAACCAGCUGCAGCUCCUGCUGAACCAGAUCGGACAACCGAGCCUCGCCGGUCUCCCUCGAGUGCUUCCCCUGUGAGGUGCUUGUACCUGAAGAGCACUAUGGGAAAGCCAUACCGGGUAUUCUAAUUUGCUCCUUUCUCAGGCAGUUGCAAUGCACCCACCCCUCCUUCUCAACCAUGACAAGAUGAAAAGGACAAGAACAAGGCAAUGUGACAGAUACCUACACUGGAGUUGCAACAUCUUCUUCUUGCCAAAAACAAUGAAAAGGUGUUCAUCAUCACACCACAGCAAACCCUAUUUGAAUUCGACCACCACUGUUGCAUGGAUCUGCUGAACUCUCUCUCUCUCUCUCUCUCUCUCUCUAUGGAUAUAUCUAUAUAUAUAACCUCCCACUGUUGUCUAUCAUUGCUCACAUGCAUCACCUUUAGAAAUGUCACUCUCCUUCUUAAAAACCUCUUGAAGCUCAUCCAUCCAUCACAGACUCCUUUCUUCACCAUUAAUGCAUACCUCAUUCUGAAGGAGGAGAGAGAGAUCAGAUACGGGCAUGAAACCAAGCUUCGCCUCUCUCUUCUCUAGAGUGAGGCCGAUGGCUUCCUCUCCUCCUCCUCCUCCUCUUCUCAACGAGUCAUGCCUGUCGAACUCGUCGUCAGGCGAGUGGGAGAGCUUCUCGGACGGCGACGCCGUCGAAGCGGUCAUCCACGGGCUGAGGUCGUCGGACAGGCUGUUCUUCGAACCAGGCACGACGAGCUCGAUGGUGGAGGAGGCGGCCAAGUCCGACGUCGACGGCACUCCGUUCGAGGGGAGCAUCGCUAUGGCGGUGGACUCGGAGGACCCUUAUCGUGACUUCAAGCAGUCGAUGGAGGAGAUGCUGCUGGCGCAUGGCGUGGGAGACUGGGCGUGGCUUCAGCAGAUGCUGGGAUGGUAUUUGCUGCUCAAUGGGAAGAAGAAUCAUGGGUUUAUAAUUGGAGCAUUCAUGGACUUGCUUUUGGGCAUUGCUUCUUCUUCCUCUUGUUCUACUUCUUCUUCUUCUCCUUCAUCCUCUUCUUCCAGUUCUUUUACCUUCGAGAUCGAGGAGGAGGAGGAGAUGAUGUGAAGUGGAUGCAGUUUGACGUCCAUCCUAUUGAUCACUGUAGCCAUGGGAAGAAGAGUACACUCAAACAUGACUUGCUGCUAAUAGCAUGGAUGUGGAUUUUUGUCUUUGACUA